AUGCGCCCUAGCGCCGGGAUGGAUGCGUUCGAAACCAGGAAGGAAUGGGAGAGCCUGUUCGGGAGCCGGGAGACGCUCAACACGCUGAGGGAGAAGGCCCAGAAAGGAGGACUGAAGGAGAGCCGGUUUCGAGGCAUCGCGUGGCGCAUCUUCCUCGGAGUCCUCGACGGAACGACGUCUCGACGCUGGAGGGAAGAUGCCGCCGUCGGGAGACUCGCCUUCGAGGAACUCCGGGAGAGAUGCCGCAGUCACCCGGCCCAAGGGAGACUCGACGAUCUCGAUCCUCACAUCGAAAAUCCCCUCUCUCAGGACGACCACGUGAAGAUUCCAUUUCCUUCCCUCUUGUUUUUUUUUGUCCGUCCUUCUCACCUCCGGAACGCCUCGUCGUUUCGACCCUCUUUGCAGAGUCUAUGGAACCAAUACUUCAAGGAUGGGAGCCUGCGGUCGACCAUCGAACAGGACGCAGUUCGCACUUUCCCCGAGGAGCCGUUCUUCAGGGAUCCGAAGAUCCAAUCCAUCCUCGUGGAUGUUCUCUUUUACUACGCUCGAAAAUUCCCACACGUUGCCUAUCGACAGGGCAUGCACGAAAUCCUGGCCCCCAUCAUCUACGUCCUCGAUUCGGAUUCUCGGGCCUUCCGCACGGUUCGGACUUCCACCCGGAUCGACGACCCGGUGAUGGAAGAGCUGUUGGACCCCGUUUUCGUCGAGCACGACUCCUUCUGCUUGUUCGCGGCGCUCAUGGAGAUGGUGGGCGAUUGGUACGUCACGAGAGAGGAACUCCCUCUCGAGAAUCGCGAAACAAAGGAAGGGAGGGAUUUCGGUUGCAACGGCGGCAAGAGCGAAGUGGUGAGGCGGGUGAAUCGCAUCUUCAGGACGAUCCUCAAGAGUCAGGACUUGGAUCUCUUCCUCCAUCUUCAAAAUCUUGACAUCCCUCCGCAGUUAUUUGGCAUUCGCUGGCUGCGCCUCCUCUUCGGUCGAGAAUUCCCCUAUCGGGAUCUGUUAUGCGUGUGGGAUGCCAUUUUUGCCACGGGAACGAGUCUCUCCCUGGUGGAUCAUCUCUUUGCCUCCCUCUUGAUCGCCGUCCGACAACGUCCGAAGCGAAAGCCGAAUCGAUCGUCACGCGAUCGUGGAAGCCCCAUCUCCGCCGUCUCGGACGGGUCGUCUUCCAAGGUCUGCUUCUCGUAUCCCUUCCGCUUCUCUCGACUUUUCCUCGCGUCCCGGCUCGGAACGUCCGAUUCUUCGUUUCAGGUGCCGAUCCAGGGAAAGGGAAAGAGAGGAGAAUCCGCAGUCGGAGCCGACGAAGGAGGAGAGAAGGCGCAUCCCCGUCGCAUCGUCGUCAGAGAGCUGAAGCCGCUUAAAGAGAGGACCGGAAGGAAGGAGAGAGAAGACGAGUCCGGAGGAGGAGUGGAAGAAGGGACGGAAGCGGAGGAGAUCAGGGACCUGGUGAGGAGUUGCUGUCUGAAGAUGUCCGUUCACAUCACCCGGCUGCAAGAGACCCUUCAGCAUCAGCCGCACCCGCUCGAUCACGAGGACCUCAUCUUCGUCUCUCUCGCUCAGAUCAAACAGGUGCGAGAUGCCAUCCUGGAUGCGGUGGGGCACCCAGAAGAUGUCGCUCAGCCCCUAUCUCCCGAAUGACACCUUUAUCGUCUCCUUUUCUUUCGUCUCGCCUCGUAUUCUUCCCCGGAAUGGAUGAUAUUGCCUCAUUCCAAGAACGGUGCUGUGAUCUCCAUCCGUUGUUCUCGUCGUCUGGGAAUGCUGUCCCAUUUCCCAGCGCGCUCAUCGAGCCAUAUUCUAAUUCGUCUUGUUAUCAUUGUUGAUGGUUCUCCUUGCCCGUUAGAGAAACGAAUAUGAAUACUAUCGAAAUAAAUAAAACAUAUCCUCUUACCCG